CCGAAUUACGCGCGGAGCCCAGGAAGAGAGAGGCCAUCGUACUCUUGGCGCCUUACCGCUCCUAUUGAGUGUUGUUUACGGAUCCCCCCCUUGUCCUCCUUCCUCACGCAUGUUCUUUGCCUUUCCUUCACAUCACCGCAACCUCCCACCGGCAUCGAAGACGCGCCUCCUCGAGAAAAACGGCCGUUGCGUGCUUCGCAAGAAGGAGGAGAGAGAGAGAGAGAGAGGGGGAGAGAGCAGGCUCAAUCGAUUGAUCGAAGUGGCUUCCUGGUUUUGUACCGGAGGAGGAAGGAGACGAUCCGUGGAGUCUUUUGAUGGGAGAUGAGGCAUCGGUUCCGCCGGGCUUCAGAUUCCACCCCACUGAUGAGGAAUUGGUGAGUUACUAUCUCAAGCGGAAGGUCCAUGGCAAGUCCAUCCGUUUUAACGCCAUCUCCGAGAUCGACGUCUACAAGUCCGAGCCCUGGGACCUUCCUGCACGAUCCUGCUUGAAGAGCAGAGAUCGAGAAUGGUACUUCUUCAGUGCCCCGGAUAAGAAGUAUGCGAACGGUGCUCGGACGAACCGAGCAACGGAGCUCGGGUACUGGAAGGCCACUGGAAAGGACAGGGAGAUCAGGCGGCAUUCCAAGACGCUCGGCAUGAAGAAGACUCUGGUUUUUCACAGGGGCAGGGCGCCCCGCGGGGAAAGAACCAAUUGGGUUAUGCACGAAUACCGCCUUGUCGAAGAGAGUUCACCGCGCGCGAGCAGUGGAGCCGAGGAUGCAUAUGUGAUAUGCAGAAUCUUUGAGAAGAGCGGAGCAGGCCCCAGGAAUGGAGAGCAAUAUGGCGCGCCGGUGAUUGAGGAAGAGUGGGGGGAUGGCAAUGCUGGUGAGCCUGAGAAGCCCCUUGAUUCCCCGAAUCACGAGUCUGAACCGGCGGCCGCGAAGCAUCCAUCAGUUUUGGUUCCCAAGCUUGAGGAUGAUGCAUCGUCCGGCCAAACUUUCAGUUCCCCUACCAAGACCAGUGAGCAAGGACCGGAUUUUGAUGAGUCGAGAGGGUGUCCUAGAGCUUCUGGUGAUCAGACCGAUCAAAUUACGCGGCUUUCUGGCCGGCCGGGUGAACAUGACCUCAAUUCUUCUCCCGACUGUGAGAUCUCACAGCCUAACGAUUAUAAGCAGCCUAGUGACAGGGAGGCGCUUCUUGCUCGGAUCUCAAGUCUGCAGUGCGCCCUUGUAGAUCUUCAAUUCCAACUUGCUGCGCGCGACCGGGAGAUUGGAGAUUUGCGCAAUCUGGAAGGUGAUCUGCGAGGUAUGAUUACCAGGAGGGACACCCAAAUUGCAGAGAUGGAAGCGGCUGCUCGCGAGAGGGAGGCAAACCUUCAGAGUCAACUUGCUGGUGCAGUGGGCCGCGGCGACGAAUACAAGAGCAAGUACCUGGAUGCCUGUGAUCGGUGGGAGGUAGAGAACGGGUUUCGCAGAAUGGCGACCUCAUAUGUGCAUUGGCUGGAGAGGGAGGUUAAUCUGUUAGGGGGAGUGGCUCCCUCCACCAUAGGAGCAGCCGUCGAGGCAAGUCGCGCCUGCCUCAUGGGAAGUGAGUCUUGCCGAGGGGUGUCUGCCCCUGUUGCCUCAGCCACUUCAGUUCCUCAUGGUCUUACUCUCGGUUGCCCAGGAGCCAUGGCCCAAGGACCAGCGACCAAUGCAUCACGUAGACAAGAUGAUGGGCCGUCUCAUAAGCCAGAUGACGGUAACGGAAAUCUUGUGGGCCGGUGAUCCUCCCCUCUCCUCCGGCGAGGCAUCUAGGAUGCAUUUUACAAAAUACAUUUGCAUGCCCAUGACUGUUGUAUUUUGUAAUAAUAAUUUUGUGCAUUCUGCCAUUAAUGAAAUUUUCUCGUUAUGCGCU